CAAUUUAAUUUUCUCAGUUCCGUUCUAAUUUUCAUUAAAAUAAGUAAGAAAUUGAUUGAGUUAGUGAAAGGCACUUUGUGUAUAUUAAUUUAAAAGAAAUAAGAAUUGCGUCAUAAAUAAAAACACGCUAAUAAAUUGCAUCGGCUCUUCAUCUAACAUCUUCAUAAGGAAAAGAAAAGAAAGUCGAGAACAACAGUUAAGCUUUUUACGCAUAUAUAUGUAUAUACAUAUAUACGAAUAUAAUAUUAUUGUGCUGAAGAAGUGCAAGUUUCAUGCGCAACAAAUACAACAAAAUAGUUUUCAUUAACUAAUUAGAAUAAAAUAACAGCAAAUUCAACGACAACGGCUACGGUAACGGCAACAGCAACAGCAAUUGAAAUUGUAUGACACAACAACAACAACAACAACAACAAUACAUGUAUAUCUUGCGUGAACGAACAUUGUAAAUCAACAUAAUACUGCAUUGAACUCGAUCAUCUAUACAUAUAUAUAUAUACAUAUAUAUAUAUAUAUAUAUAUGUUUUUAUAUAUGUGCGUAUAUAUAUGCAUUUAUAUAUAUACAUAUAUAUAAUAUCUAUUUUGUUUGCAUCAGUUUCAAUUCCCCACAUCAAAUUGAGAAAGAAAACGCAUAUAUUUCAUUUCACCACUACUCUGCGUUGAUGCACAGAGAUAUUUGUGAAAAAUUUUAGUUUGUUUUGUUUUACUUUUACUCCUCUUAUCUCUUCAUACUGUUGCAAAUAUUGCGAUGGCAUCUUCCCCUUUAGUAGCUAACAAAUUAAUAACGGCAACGCAUACGCAUACAACUGCCUCAAGUACAACGGCUUCGCAAACGAAUCGCAAGAGGCCUCACAAUUUAACAUUACCCCGCAACGGCACCACUCUUGAAAUCGAUACCAAAGAUAAGCAAAAGACUACUGCAGCUAUGAAACACAAUACAUCCGAGGAUUUAAUCAAUAUUGAUAUGAAAUCGACGAUCGAAACUAACGCACUAAAAGAUUAUACGCGGACAAUAUCACAAAGUGAAAUCGAUGAUGUACAAGAAGAAGACGCAGCAAUUUUGCCAGUCGAAAACACAAGUCCUGUUAAAAAGAAAUUUGCACCCUUGGAAAUGUUAUCCUCGACUCAAAUGCCCAGUGUUAGCAGUGGUAGCUCAGAUUUUAUCACGAUAUGUAAGCCCGCACCAUUUUCCACCGACGAUGAGGCCGUACAAGAACGUCAGCGUUGCGAUUAUACACAAAAGAUAACAUAUCAGAUGGCGCGAAACGGUGAAGCAUCUCGGCGAGUACGCGUCUAUGCAGAUGGAAUAUACGAUUUAUUUCAUCAAGGUCAUGCCAGACAGUUAAUGCAGGCUAAAAAUAUUUUUCCCAAUGUUUACCUGAUUGUGGGCAUAUGUAAUGAUGAACUUACGCAUCGUAUGAAAGGACGCACUGUGAUGAGCGAUUUUGAGCGUUAUGAAGGCGUCAGACAUUGUCGUUAUGUAGAUGAGAUUAUCUCAGAUGCUCCAUGGACUUUAAAUGAAGAGUUUAUAACUGCGAAUAAAAUAGAUUUCGUUGCUCACGAUGACAUUCCCUAUACCGGUGUUGGCGUGGAUGAUAUUUAUGGCUGGUUAAAGGCCAAAGGCAUGUUUGUAGCCACUGAACGUACUGAAGGUGUUUCAACUUCGGACAUUGUGGCGCGCAUUGUUAAAGAUUAUGAUUUAUAUGUGCGGCGUAACCUGGCCAGAGGUUAUUCUGCCAAAGAGCUUAAUGUUUCGUUCUUAUCGGAGAAGAAGUUUCGCUUACAAAAUAAAAUGGACGAACUUAAAGAUCGUGGUCGGCGUGAAUUGACAAAAGUUAAGGGUGAUAUUAUAACCAAGUGGGAGGAGAAAUCACGUGAAUUUAUUGACGCAUUCUUGCUAUUGUUUGGACGCGAUCGUCUUAAUCAUUUAUGGAAUGAAUCAAAAGGUAAACUGAUACAAGCACUUAGCCCACCGGGCAGCCCUAGCGGCUCGGUGAAUGGUGACAGUGUUGAUUAUGAUGACGAAGACGACGAGGAUCUAGGCGAUGAUGUUGAUUCAAGAGCUUCAAGUGACGCGCCACCCGAAAUAAGCAUGCACAUGGAGCAAUCACCGCGCGGCAGACGUUCCUAUCAAAAACAUAUACAGGAUAGUCCCACCUCCCUUGGACGUAGCGGUAAUGAACGAUCCUGCACUAAAUAUUCACCUGAAGAAGAUGAGACCGACGAUUAUGACCGUAAGAGUAAUUAGUACUACUUCAAGCAAAAAAAAAAAGAGGCGACCCCACUGAACGCGCAAGAAUUAAGAAACAAAAAGCCUAGUUUAAAUCGGAUACCUAUCACGUACACUUUACAUAUUGCAUAUGUCUCUUGCGACAUGUUUGUGUGUAUUUUGUUUAGUUUAUCGAUUAGUUGCAAAGUUCUUCUUCGCAAUACAUUAAUUUGAGCGGCGAACACUAGGAUAAUUUAUAGCGUGAAUGUCUUCAUUUUCAUUCAAUUUAAAUAGUAA